CAACCUCGACCCCCUCGGGCAGCCAAAGCCUGCGUCUUAGCAUUACAGCUUCCUUCCCCCACCUGGUCUUACUAUCCUACUCCGCCAUCCUCACUUCUCCCGCAAUCAUGGCGUCACCGUCGAGGCGACCGCAGCCGCCUGCAUUUCAACUUCCCGUUGCAGGCCCGGGUGUGACGCUCGGCCUCAGCUCCAAUGACGACCCUCUCCAGCCGCUGCGAACAAUGGCCGAUCGGGUAGGAAAGGAAGUAGAGAAGUUUGCUGAGCGCGUCGACCACUGGCACACCCACGGCAACGAGGAUGACCAGGCCAAAUACCAAACUACCUUGCGCAUGGUCGGCAAAUUCAAAGACCUUGCAGAGUCAACAGUCAAGGAGUUGAAGAGGCAGAACGAUGCCGAAAACAAGGGAGAGCUUGCUAAGAGCAUGCGUCGGCGCAUAAAGAAUAUGGCCGAAUUGCCCCACCCAGACCACGAAGGCGACCUCGGCGACUCCUUCCAAUCCGUUGUUCCCUCCAUUGAAUCGAACUCGGCCCCGUCUUCAUCAAAAGUCCAGGAAUUACGGCAGUGGCAGGCGGAGCUUGCGACGUGGGAACUCCUUCGGAUCAUCAUAGAACACUACUACCACGAGCCUGGUCUGGACGUUGCGGCAGCAAAACGGAAGCAGCUGGCUGAGGUGGGAGGAGGAUCUCGAUACAGCCCCAAUAUUGAAACCUGGAAUCGCUUCCUUCUCGAGGACGACAUUGCAAAGGAGAAGGAUAUCAUCCUCAGGUGGCUAGAACAGACGGCACAAAGCAGCGAGACAGACAUUCAAUCUAUGACCGAACAGCUGGAAGAACAGUCAGGAAAGGAUACCGACUCGUGGAAUGUCGGGUGGCUGGACACGAGAGCGAAGAUAAAACAAGAGAAGCGGUUGCAGGGCGUUGAUCACCCGUUGCGACCUGAUGCUGUUGGCCUGAGGACUUUCGAGAGGACAGAACCACUCAUCACCCAAUUAGAUCCAGAUGCACCUACGAGACAGAAACGAAGGCUCGAAAAAUCCGAUGACUACUAUGAGCGGGCCCUGUGGAUGGCCUGUUACGAGAUGCUACGUCGUGGUACCCCGUGGGAGCAGAUCUGCGAAUGGUGCAAAGAUAAGAAUGAGGCAUGGCGUGGAGUCAGCAUGGGCGCCGCGUACGAAACCCAUCCCAACGGAGGACCAAAUAUUGCUGGACCAAAUCUCGGAUACCUAUAUCGUCGCAUGUGUUGCUAUGCAGCCCGCGGCGCCCGCUCCCAGUAUGAAUGUGCUUUGUAUGGGCUCUUGGGCGGAGAUCUGAAGACUGUGGAACCUGUCUGCCGGACCUGGGAUGACCAUCUCUACGCCCAUUACAACGCCCUUCUCCUCACGAGAUUUGAUAGCUAUCUACAAAAGGACCAUUCAGUACGCCAAGUUCCGCGCAAACUUACCGAUCAAUUUAGAUUCAAAGACGCAGUCGCAAACACCGGCAGCUGGGAGGACUCUGCUGCGACAAUCAUCGCCCUUCUGAAACAACAGAAAUCUACCGCCGCUCAGUCCCAGUCGCCCAUGAAGCUCAUCCAGGGGAGUCUCAUCGGCGGCAGUGUAGAUGACCUUGUCUACAAGGUAGGGGUGGCCAUUUCCUUCAUGUUGCGAGAAGACUCCCGAUCCGGGAAUCUGAUCGUAGACCCAGAAUCAGACCCUAGCAACCCCAAACCGAAGGCUUCCAACGAGCAACCGAAGAUCGCCGCAGAGAAAUGUUACCAGAACCUUGCAACAGAUCCUUACGCGCUCCGCAUUCUAGUCCAUGUGCUCAUUGUUCUUCGGAAAGGGUUGAAUGUUUUAAAUGUUCCGGGAUUUGAUCGGUGGAUUGCAGUGGACAACGUCAUCGCAUUGUAUAUUGAGUUCCUAAGGCUUACGAAGAGGACGGACCUUAUCCCGUUGUACGCCGCCCAGCUCCAUGGCGAUCGACAAGUCCAUUGCCUUGCGCGCGUUUUAGCCGAUAUCAAGAGUCCUCAGGAUCAGAUGCGUUGCAUUGCUCUCAUGGAACAAUACCGUAUCAAUCCGGUUGAUGUCAUUUCCCGGAACUGCCAACACGAACUGGAGAAGAGCGGGCUCACAAAUGAGGGAAACUUUGUUAGCAAAUAUGAGGUCAUGGAACGUGUAAACGAUAAUGAAUACCUAUGGCCGGGUCAGCGCGUUAAACGAGAACUCCCUGGCGUGCACCUCACGGCGAAGGAGAAUUCUUUGAUUGAGUCGCUGAAGUGGUAUAUCCAUCUGGAGAAAGAGAAGACCUGCACGUUCAUUGAUCUUACCAAUGCACUGAAAUACUUCUUGCUCAAUGGUCGAAUGGGGGCAGCCAACAAGCUCGUGUCGAUGAUGAGUAUCGAGUCUCUUUCCUUGAUUAAGACUGAGGCACUAUGCGGAUAUGCAUUCGACUUUACACUCCCCGGCUCAGAGAAAGUGGACCAAGCAGAGAUAUCAAAAGCUAUACGCAAACUUGCUGCGGCGAGCGCUGGGAGGCCUCGUCCUGCGGAACUGCCAUUCCCUGGCAGCCAUGGACAUAGGAAGCAUGUUAUGCAACUCAGGCAGCGGAGCCAGACUUACUUCGAGCUUCAGUCUGUGGUUGGCUUUGUCGGGCUCCUCCUAGAAUGGCGCGAGGAAGAAGACAAGCUCAUAAAGGCAAAACGCGAAGGCGCCAAGGUCAGCACAAAACGCGCUAAAGACCUAUUUGAGAACCUCGUCGUAGUCCUAGGUCAACUCUUCGAAUCCUUCCUCUCCCAAUCCUCAGAUGGCCAAACCCUCACCAAGUACGCUCUCGCCUCCCUCUCUGACACCAAUCCCUCAAAACCCCGCCUCGAGCGCGAAGCCACCGAGCACUGGCGUCUCACCCUAACCUAUAUCCCCGAAGUGAUACUCUCGUACCUUUCCGUCGUCCAAGCAGCUUCCUUCUUCCUCUCCCGCGAUCUCAGCGUUAAGGCGAUGGAAGUUGCAAAUAUGGUGGCGGAUGUGGCUAACCAAUGGGUCCAAGACGCGUUUAUGGAAACGAAACGGAUGACGCAGCUGGUGGAUAUGUUGGCGGUGGUGAGUAAGGCUAUGUUGGAGCUGAGUGAGAUGGAGGAGAAGAAGAGCCGAGGGAGUGGGAAGAAGAGAGGGAGUAGGGGUGCAACGUUAAGGAUUUGGGAUGUCAAUGUUAGGAAUUGAAGGGAGAGUGAUUGGAGAAUCGUGGAGCAUUAUAACUGUAUGACCAGAUUCUGAAGGCCUUAGUGAACGGGUUUUGGAAGUAGAGGUUUGCAUUAGGCACUUUGAUUUAGCCGACCAAUUUCAUCAAGG